AAGACGUACGUGUCAAAUCAAACGUAAUCCUGAUAAGUUGAAUCAGAUUAACGACGAAUAUAGUAGUUUAAUAACUUUUACUCGAAAUAGUAAAAAAAUGUUGAAAGCUGUCAUUCUUAUUGGUGGUCCCUUGAAAGGGACCAGGUUCCGUCCACUAUCUUUAGAUGUUCCAAAACCAUUAUUUCCAGUAGCAGGUCUACCAAUGAUACAACAUCAUAUUGAAGCUUGUGCAAAAGUGCCUAAUCUUAGCGAAGUUUUAAUAAUUGGUUCAUAUUCUGCUAAUGACUUGCGACAGUUUGUAGAAGAAAUGACUAAUACUUAUGGACUAAGUAUCCGUUACCUGCAGGAGUUUACUCCUCUAGGAACAGCAGGUGGCAUGUAUCAUUUCCGUGAUCAAAUUCGUGCUGGAGCUCCAAAAUAUUUUUUUGUCAUGAAUGGAGAUGUUUGUGCUGAUUUUCCUCUUCAAGAAAUGGUUGAAUUUCAUAAAAGUAAAGAUGCAUUGUUGACAAUAAUGGCUACUGAGGCUACAAGGCAACAAUCUAUAAAUUAUGGUUGUUUGGUUCUGGGCAAGGAUGGUGAAGUAGCCCAUUAUGUAGAGAAACCGUCAACUGUUGUUUCCACUUUAAUUAACUGUGGAGUGUAUAUAGCUUCACCAGACAUUUUUCAAACAAUGGCCGAUGUUUUUUAUGCUGCUCAACAGCAUGAAAAUUUUAUGCAGCUAAACGGCAAUGGUAAAGAUCCUGCACACAUUGCCCUAGAACAAGAUAUAUUAACAAGACUGGCAGGAACAGGUCGAUUAUUUGCACUCCCAGUUACAAAUUGGUGGUCUCAAGUGAAAACUGCUGGAUCUGCAAUAUAUGCAAAUCGACAUUAUUUAUCACUAUAUCGAUUAAAACAAUCAGAGCGACUUGCCCCUGCUCCGGACGGUCCAUGUCACAUUAUUGGGGAUGUGCAUAUUCAUCCCUCUGCAACAAUUCAUCCCACUGCUGUGUUGGGUCCAAACGUUAGUAUAGGCUCCAAUGCUGUAAUCGGUGCUGGAGUAAGAAUAUUUGAAUCCAUUGUGCUGGCCAAUGCCCAAAUACAAGCACAUACAAUUGUGUUACACAGUAUCAUGGGCAGAAACAGUAAAGUAGGAGAAUGGGCACGAGUAGAAGGUACGCCGUGUGAUCCAAAUCCUGACAAACCAUUUGCAAAAAUGGAAAAUCCCCCAUUAUUCAAUACCAAUGGCAAAUUGAAUCCCUCCAUCACAAUUCUUGGUACGAGCGUAACUUUGGCGGCGGAAAAGAUUCUUUUGAACUCCAUUGUCCUACCGCACAAAGAACUUACAAGAAACUUUAAAAACGAGAUUAUUCUCUAAACACUGAGCGAGGAGGAAGAAGAAGAAUGUCCUGAAGAAGUGCAAUAAUAGAAAUUUACGGAUGACUUUAUUAAUCUUGACAGCAUCGAUUCAACUUGAAACAUGUAUAGUUUUAAUAAUUUUUCUAGUACUAAUUUUGUACAUAUAUAUACAUAUGUAUACAUGGUUUAUUUAUACGGUGACUUUCCAAGUGUCGAGGCGUCAAUCGCGCACAAAAUUCGUAUGCACUGUUGUAGAAUCAUGCAUUUUUAUACAUCCAUAUAAUGGUGUAAUUGUUUAAUUAUAAACGAUACUUUAUCGAAA